AUGAAAGUAAGCAUCAUUGUAUUUGGUGUGCUGGUGGCGUGUGCCGUGUCCCUAGCGGCUGAGCAUGGUCCCCUGUUGACCGCUCUACAGCCAAAGGACGACGUAACGGAGCUCGUUGCAGUUCAGCCAGGACAUGAGAGGCCCAAGAGGCAUUUGCUGCUAGGAGCUGGUGCGUUGGGAGUUGGUGCACUUGGUUUAGGUGCUCUUGGUGUAGGUGUGUUGGGCGCCAAGGCAUUUGGUGCUGGUGCAAUCGGAGGUGUACUUGCAGCGAGGGCUUUCAGUGGUAGAAGUUACGGUGGAGGAUACGGCGGUGGAUACGGCGGCGGAUACGGCGGCGGAUACGGCGGCGGAUACGGCGGCGGAUACGGCGGCGGAUACGGUGGAUAUGGCCAUGGAUCAUACCGCAAUUACUACAGCUACCCCACCUAUAGCUACCCUACAUAUUACGUCGAGAGCUGGUGA